CAAUGUCAGAGAGGAGGGAAUACUGUAUUAGCCAAUGGAACGUAGAUAGAGCGCUGUUACAUUCGGAGGGGGAACACAACAUUCGCGUGAAACGGACUUUCUUCGGAAGUCGGCCUCAAAUUUGUUUUGUCGACAGCUGCAUUAUAAAAUAUUAUUGAACGUCCCGUAUAUUGUCGGGAAUUAACAUUAAAACCGUUGACGAGCAAGAUACUAUAAAAACAUUAAAAUAACAACAGCUGAAUGGCACUGUGGGCGAGGCUCAAUAAGCUGGACUCUGUCUACCGUAAGCAAGUAGAUGACCUGUAUGAUGGAGACAACCUUCCCAUGGACCUACGACAUUACCUGGCUUCCUGGAUAGAGACGCAAGAUUGGGAGACUGCAUCACAAGAUUAUGACAGAGCCAUGGUGUUGUUCCAGGUACUGCUGGAAGAACUGGAUAUUCAGCACAGUCGCUUUGUCCAGGAAGACGACUUCCUACAGCAGCAUAACAUCAGACGCCAUAAACACCACUUCCAGCGAUAUCAGGAACAGCCAUGCAAUCUGGCCAAUGUCAUCCUCUGGUUCCUGGCCAAGGAGAAAGAGAUUCUGGAUAAUGCUGAGCUGGCAGAGCAGGUCAGCCUGAUCCAGGUCCACCAGAACCCUAUGGAGAUUGACAGCCAAAGGAACGUGCAGCGUAAGGUGGACAUACUCAGAAAUAAAGUAGAGUGCCUGGACCACACAGUGAAAUGUCUGGAAGAGCAGCAAGAUGAAUUUGAUUUCAAAUUCAAGACUCACGCAAUGGAAGCUAGCACAGCUGAGGCGGAUAAGAAGAUGCUUCAGAAUCUUCUUAACAGGCUGGAUUUCUCAAGAAAGAGCAUGUUGGCAGGCCUGGGGGAGCUGUUGGAUGUUGCUAAGGAUCUUCUGGAUGUCCUGGUGAAUGAUGAGCUGCAGGGGUGGCAGUUAAGGCAGCAGAGGGCCUGCAUAGGAGCCCCAGACGACACCAGCCUAGAGCAGCUGGAAAAAUGGUUCACGGCAGAGACGACCUGUCUAUUCCAAGUGCGAAAGUUCCUCAAGAAGCUGGAUGAGUUGAUGGGGAAGAUGACUUACCAGAACGACCCUUUGAUUGCUCAGAAACCUUUGUUGCAGACUAGGGUGGAUGACCUGCUCACAUCUCUCAUCAAAAGUUCCUUUGUGGUGGAGACUCAGCCGUCAAUGCCGCAGGGUAAAGGCCCCUUGGUUCUGCGCACUAAUGUCCAGUUCUCUGUCAAGACCAGAAUUCUAGUCAAGUUUCCUGAGAUGAACCAUGCCAUGAAGGUGACAGUGUCCAUGGACAAGGAGGCCCCUCAGGUUAAAGGCUACAGACGAUUUAAUGUUCUGGGGACCUGCAGUAAAGCCUUGAACAUGGCUGAAAGCAUGAAUGGGGGCAUGGUGGCAGACUUCAGACAUCUGACUCUUAAGGAGCAGAAGUCAGGAGGAGGAGGCAAGGGUAUUACUGAUUUGUCUCUCAGUGUUACAGAGGAGAUGCAUAUGAUCUACUUUGACACUGUGUUUGACCUGGCCGACUUCUCAGUGUCUCUGGAGACCUGGUCUCUCCCUGUGGUCAUCAUCUCCAACUCCAGCCAGCAGCAGAGCGCCUGGGCCUCUGUCCUCUGGUUCAAUAUGUUGAGUGAAAGCGUAAAGAACGUCCUGUUUUUUGCAAGUUGUCCUGUUGCCCCUUGGUCUAAGUUUGGCGAAAUGUUGAGCUGGCAGUUCCUAUCUGCUACCAAGCGAGGCCUAAACUCUUCUCAGCUGGACAUGCUUGCCCAAAAACUUUUUGGAAAACAGGAAAGUUAUGAAGCAUGCAAAAUCUCAUGGGCCAAGUUUAGCAAGGAGAAUGUUCCUGACACAAGCUUCACAUUCUGGGUGUGGUUUGAUGGGAUCCUGGGAAUGGUGAAGAACCACCUGGAGAACAUUUGGAAAGACGGCUCCAUUAUGGGUUUUGUGAGUAAAGGCAAAGAGAAGUCCCUGCUGAAGAAAAAACAGAGAGGCACAUUCCUCCUGCGCUUCAGUGAGAGCAUCAAAGAUGGAGGCAUCACAUUCUCCUGGGUGGACUACUCCCCUACUGGGGAGCCAACUGUCCACUCAGUGCAGCCCUUCACCAAGGUUGACCUCAACCAGAUUCCCUUCCAUGAGAUCAUCAGGAACUUCCAGAUCCAGAUACCUGAGAAUGUUCCAGAAAGUCCUUUACUCUACCUCUACCCAAACACCCCCAAAGACAAGGCAUUUGAGAAAUAUUACACAGUGAAGAGUGGAGCUGACAGUCCAUAUAUAAAGUACAUCAAAACCAGACUGGUUUUCGUCUCAAGGGAGAAUACACUGGGCCCUAUGUCGCCGGCCAGUUCAGACAUGGCAAAUGGUGAAGGCUUUGAACCAGUGUCCGUCCCCGCUUUGGACCCCCUCUUAUGCUCCUGGAUUGAAUGUAAUUCCACACUGAUGGAGGAAAAUGUGGAUUUGGAAUUCAACGAGAUCUUCGUUGACCCAACUUUGUUUCUUACUACCUGACCAAUUUGCAGAUGUUUCUGGAUUUAGCACUGCCUGGUUUCACUUUGCACCCAAACCCUAUAGACCACAGCCCUGACAACUGACCAUGUUUAACCCAACUACUUAACAUUAUUUAUACUUAUUCAUAAUUUGUUGUCCCCAGAAAACAAAUUAUAUCUGAGCAUUCAGGUGAAAAAAAACUACGUUAAACUGUACAUUUGAUCUAGAGAACACACUGUAUGCUACUCCUCUUCAGCCUGGUAGUUAGACUAUAAACUAUAAACAAGACAAUACCAUAGUCUUAAUGAGAAUAUUUGAUUCUUCGAGGCAUCUGAAAUGGAACACAUGGUGGUCCAGUGACACACAGGAACAUGGCUCCUCUCAUCAGAACCCCCCAAGAUUGCAGAUAAAAGUCAAUGUGGCACUUCUUUGUUUCUUUGCACUAGUGGCUGAUGAAAGCCUUAGGGACACUUUUUUCCCCAAGUACUGUCUUUUAUGUUGUUUGCUACUGCUAUCUUAUUCAUUCAAAGCAUCUCUAAACUUGCGCAUUGUAACCGUAACAGAUUCAAAAGUUCCUCUGUGAGGAAAUUAUACCAUUAUUGUGUAAAACAGAUUAUCCCAUGUGCAGGAAAUAUGGUAAUAAUACUCUCUGUUGAGUCAUCAAUGUGGACUUCACACAUUAGCUGAUUUGGAGCCUUGAUAUUGAAGAUUAUGAGAUUUGAUGUAUUAACAAUAAAAUGUUUAAUAUUAUUCAUAGAUAGUACAAGUCAUGAAACAGACAUAAUAUCAGACAUUAAUAUCAGAAAAGUGUGUGGGGGUGACAGCUUCCUUCAUGUCUUUAUGACUCUGUACCACUCCUUAAGUGGUGGCACACUAAGUUCAGAUUUAAUGCAGCCUUCAAGCAUAUCACUGCACAACACAUUAUUUAUAAUACAUGUGACUGCCUGAUGUAAUUGGGAUAAGGAUAUGUAACAACAAAUUAAUUUGUUUUAGAGCUGGGAAGAUGAGGUUAAUUUGACUAACUUCUGGUGGGGAGCUGCAUUUGAUUAGCUGGAACAGGGUCCCCAGGAUGUAGUUAGUGUGUCCAGAGACUUCUGAGAGGGCUGGCAGCCCUGUUAAGCAGAGCUUUGUAGGCCUGGCCAAACUGACGGUUCAUGGCAGCGUAGAGAAUGGGGUUGAUGCAACUGUUCAGCCAGGUCAGGUUGGCACAGAACAUGUGGAGGGCCUGGGGGGCUCGGUCCUGCUUGUCUGCGAUGUUCAGGAGCAGAAAAGGGACAAAACAGAAAACAAAACACAGAAACACAGUGAAACACAUCCGGGUCACACGUUUGAACUCUCCAUCCUCUUCUGAAGAGGAGGAGGGCAGGACAGCAGAGGGAGUUGGUGUAGCCAUGAUGGGUGGGGGUGGUGCAGGGGUGAGGGCAGGGGGGGGCUCCUCUCCCCCUGUAGGGUCAGCUGAAUGUGAUGCACAAGCAGAGCCCUGGGUAGUUGUGUGAGAGGAGGAGGAUAUCCCAGUAUGCUCCUCUUCUCUGUCUCCACUCAUGUUAUGGGCUAGUUCCCCCUGGCUGCUGAUCUCACAGCUAUGUGUGGCCACCCCACUCCCUACACUGCUGUCCCCUUCUGUCCCCUGUGCCUCUGUGAGGGGAGGCUUCUUCCUGGAUGAGCGUCGGCUGAACCUGUACUUGACCAGUGCUUUAGCUGCCACCCGGACUCGCCGGUAGAUGAGCAGGUAGAAGAAGCCUACACAGCCCAGGCCGAUGAAGAAGUAGAAGAAGAGCAGUAUGGUGGAGUAAGGACGCCCUCUGGUGCGGUGAAAACUGCAGGUGCACACCUGUGGGACGAACACAUAGACGGACCAGAGUGGGCCAAAGCUGGCCAAACCCAGGGCCCAGGUGGAGGGAAGAAGGAGGGCAAGGCCUCGUCUAGAGAACACACGUUCAAACACGGGCCUUCUAGCAACCAGCAGGUAGCGGCUCACUGCUAUCAGACACAGAGUGAGGAUGGAGACGGAGUUGGAGAGGAAGAGGAGGAGGCCAAAGAUCCUGCACCACAAAGGGCCGCCCCUCCAGUGGAGGUGCAGGUAGGAGUCGAUGGAGACAGGCUGUAGCACGGUGCAGUACAGGAUGUCAGCCACUGCCAGGUUGACGAUCAACACAUUAAAGCGAGUCCUUAGUCGUGAGUCUGUGGCGAAGACCAGUAUAGUCAGUAUGUUGCCCACUGUGCCGACAACUGACACAAAGGACCCCCACAGCACGCCAAAGUAGCGGUAGCCCUCCACUGAGGGAUCAUAACAGGAGAAGGAGUCAUUUGUAAUGUUUAGCAUCUUCUGCUUGAAGGUCCGGACAUCCAGCUACAAAAGAACAGAGCAAGUCAUCAUCAGUAGUCUUAAAAAGGAAGCACACAUAUGCACUCAGUUAAGGAUUUGUUCCCCUUUUCACUUAACGCUUAUGACCAAAACAGGGAACGUCUAAAAUUGGCACCUCACUGUUCGCGAACUGAAAAUUAGAAGUCCUUUGUCUACAGGACAAGUCAUAUCCUAUAGGGCAGGCCCACAAGUGGCACAUAUUGCAGUAGGCCUACUCUUAACAGGCUGCUAUAACACUCUCCCUUCAUACAGUCACUGUCCAAUAAAGAUUUAUUUUAAAACAAAACAAGAACUAUCAAUACAACAGUUGUAAACCGCAGUGUACAGUACUAAACCUUUGGGUCACAACCAUACAAAUAUAUAGCAUAGUAAAAACCUGUCUCUAAACAGAGAAUCCAGAAUAGUAAAUGUGUACCUGAUUGUGGAUGUAUAUCUCAUUUGAUGAAGUUCCUAGUAAGUUGCAGCUUCCUAUCGCUUCAGGCUGGAGAGUCUUGGGCUGUGUUGUGUCUUGAUUGUAUGAGGUCUUGUUGAGUUCUGUCUUUAUUGGCAAUAAAGACCCACUUGCCUUGUA